AUGCUAAGGUGCGAACGAAUAAGACGGGUGAUACUACGGUUUGCCGUGGUGAACAAUUCCAGCGUCGUGUUUUUCUGUGUGAGUGAGGUAAAACGCUCAAUAAUGUUGAAAAUGGCGGACGCCUGUGCUGACAGCUCAAAGCAGACGCGGUUUCAUGAGAUGCACGUACAAAGACACAACAACGUCAGCAUACUGUACGCAGAUAUCGUCAACUUCACCCCUCUGUCGGAGCGACUCAGUGCUUCCGAUCUUGUGAAGACCCUCAACGAACUGUUCGGAAGAUUCGACCAGAUUGCUCAAGUCGGCAACGCACUCGUAACUCCUCCGUUACGGGUGCCCAUGGGCGGCGCUGAUUCCUUACCAUCAGGGUAUGAUGAGAGGGAGAGUCAGACUCUUACUCUCCCUGUUCUCCAGCUUAAGACCGAGGCUGCGGUACUUCCUGACCCGGAACCCCGGCGUAAUCUUAUGACCUAA